GUUCAUUCUGGAAACGGAGGAGGACUCGUCUUUUAGCUCAACCAUCUUUUCAUUCACGCUAUGGAUUUACUCGACGAUGAUGGCGCUGCACUACUGCAGGAGGCUCUCGAUACCCUCGACGAAGAUGGCAUUAAUGAAACGGACCCGUUCGAUUUGGAUUUCGAUGAUAGCGGAGCCAGUAUUUCUCCCGACGACCUCCUCGACAACACAUCCGAGCCCCCAGAUCUCGACCCGCUCAGCUUGGUUGACGGCGAAGAAUCCCAUGAUGGAAACAGUUUAUCAUCCACUGAUCUCCUAGAGGAAAGAGUCACGGCAGUGCGGAAUGGGGAAAAUGCUCUGAUGACCUCGGUGUCCGACUUUACAAGCAUCCUGUCGCGAACCGGUAUCCAUGGACCUCGUCAUCUGCAAACCUACAAUCUCAAGCGCCGUGCAGUCAAGAUUGGCAGUGGCGGACAAUUUACAGUAUAUAAGGAGAUCCCCGGCCGGUUCUUUGGCAACGAAGGCUUGGUGAUCAAACGUGUCAAAGUGUUUCUGUCCCGUGAAGGAAACUCCAGCUUUGCCUCCGGCUCGGACUAUCGUCAACGACUACGGUCUUUGGAGCUGGAAGUACUCGCUUUAUCCAACCCCUACCUCCGAAACCACCGCAACAUUGCCAAACUCGUCGCCUGGGGAUACGAUUACCCUUAUCCAGAUACUCCAGUGCCAGUAUUGUUCGUGGAGGAGGCGCUGAUGACGCUUACCGACCUUCUAAAAAUUGACAACGAGAGGUUACUUGGGUCGCAACCCCAGGAUGUUAAGUAUCAACUGUUGCUGGAUGUAGUCUCAGGUCUCGAGGCGCUGCACCGGCUGCAUAUCGUUCAUGGAGACGUCAAACCAGACAACAUCUUAAUCUACAAAGAUUCUGCAGGGAAUGAGAAAGUCCCGCUUUGCGCCAAGAUCAGCGACUUUGGGGUCUGCGUCGAUUUAGAGUCCCCUGAAGACAAGCUCACUAUUGAUAGUUACUAUGGAACCGAGGACUGGCGGGCGCCUGAAGCAAGCGAUUACGCCAGGUGGCAGGGCGACGCUUUCAACCCAGAACUUAUGUUCCGCUUCGAUUCCUACAGCUUGGGAUUGCUCAUUCUAUCCACCUUCAUCAAUCGUGGUGAGCCAGUCAAAUUGAAGACGGCUGGAGAAGAGCCAGUCGAGGUUGCACUUUUCAUGCUGAGAGAAGAUGCGACCAUCACUGGUCCACUUCGUAUGCAAAUAGGCAAAGCUCUCCGACAGCUGCUGGCAACAGAUCCUUGGAAACGCAGUCUGGCAAGUCCUGAACUGCUGAAGCUGGAUACACCUGCAUUUUCAUCCUGGUAACUUUGGAUACCGUUCACUAUCUGACAUAUAUUGGAGGCUGUUGACUGACGCACCCCAAGGCUUGCCGUGGCACAGGAUACUCGGAGGGUCACUGCUAAUGUCGGCAUCAUCGACCCGGCGCACAACCAAGGCCCCAGAUUUUGGUACCGAUUGGAUCCCUCCCUCCUUGCAGAGCUGGAGCAGCAGUUUGCUGAAUCCCAGAGCGACCUGUCUUUGCGACAUGCCGGUGACGUUCUGCUGGGUAUGGCCCAGUGCAUCACCGGAGCGAAGCCGUCGUACCUUGAUCGCCUGCUUACCUACAUCACCGAGGCGGCCCGAAGUGGCUAUUCGCCGGCUCGAGCAGUGUACGCGCAGCUCAUGCAUGCCCAUGGCCAGACACCGGCUUUCAAU